CUGCAAACAUACAAGCAAACAAAAAUUACAAGGGGGAAUAAAGGAGAAAAAAAAUGGUAGAAAUUGGGAGAAGAAAACAAACAUAUAGAACAUGUAAAACAAAAAUUGGUCUUUUGGCUGACACAGCUAAAGGAUCAUGUCGCUCCCUUGAGUUAUUCCACAUAUCUUAAACCAAGCACUGCCAAGUUUAUUGUAAGGAUUAUUUUAAGGCUGAAAAACUAAAAAGUGCAUGCCACACAAACAUGUGACACAUAAUAACAAUACAAUAACACCACACUUGCGCAAUAAAGCAGUCUGUCUUUGGUUUUUAAGUCAGUUUUUGGAGAUGAGCCCCUUAAUAAAUCGAAUGACAGUGCGAUAAAAUAUCUUCCUCUUUUAACUCUCAAGAGACAGUUAACCGCCUUCCAUCCGGCAUUCUAGAUUCGUCGCCUGUGAGGGCAGGGCAGCUUUUGGGACCCCGCUUGUCGUUUCACUGAUAAAGGGGUUAUUAUACGUGUCUUCAGCCUCCUCCUGUGGCCCACCGCAGCUGCCAGUGGGCAUUGUGCACUUUUAUGCAACAGGUGUGGAAGAUACAGCAAUGGCUGCAUCUCUCUUCAGACUGAGACUCUUCGCCCUCUUCUUUCUGUAUUCAGGACUAGCAGAUGCUAGAGUAGAGAUCAUCACCAGUGACACAGACAUCAAGGUUGGAAGUGAACAGUUAUUACUGUGCAAAGCUUUUAAAGAGGCAGAUAUUAUUUGGCAGAAGGAUGGGGAGGAUGUUGACGAAGAUCGUCAUGUAGUGGAGAAAGUGGAAGGAACUUCGAGUAAACUGAUUUUGAAGAGGGUUGACCUAACAGACAGUGGAACGUACACAUGCAAUUGUGACUAUGAAACUCACACUGACAAGGCAUCCAUCAAAAUCCUUGUCUACGAGGACCCAAACUUUGGCAAGACAAAGACAUACCAUGAGUUUUUGGUGAACCAGACAGUGCAUGUCCCAUGUGUGGUCACUGGGAAGCCUGAUGUGGAGAUCAACUGGUAUCGGGAUGGUCACCUUGUGAGCAAUGACGGCAGUGGUCAUCUCACAGUUCUGCCGAAUAGGAAUCUGCAAAUUACGAACAUUCGUAAGAGUGAUCAUGGAACCUACACCUGUGUGGCGAACAUAAAAGAUCGACCGACCAUAAAGAAGGUGCUGGACAUCUCUGUUGCUGUAAACGUUCCACCGACCGUGAUGAUUCGCAGUGAGCGGACAAAUGUUCAUGCAGGACCGGACACAAACGUGACAAUAAUCUGCCUGGUUUCAGGAUAUCCGCAACCAGCCAUUAUCUGGACAGUGCCUUCUACCUCAGAUUCUUCUCGCUACAUAUACAACUCAGACAAGAGUGAGCUCAUCAUCCCAGCUGUGGCCAGAAGUGACUUUGGAGAAUACGCCUGCACGGCUUCCAAUAAGCUUGGAGAUGACAGUGCAGCGUUCAUACUGGACGUCUCAGAACGCCCAUCAGUGAUCUUAAGCCAGGAGGAGAUGGCAGUGAAGCUUGGAGGGUCUGUGUCUGUGUUCUGCAAUGCCACAGGACACCCUUCACCCACCAUCGAGUGGCUUAACCAUGAGGGCAAGAAAAUAGAAGGGUCAGACUCAGAGCUCGAUAUCGAGAAUGUGAAGCCCUCUGAUGGCGGUGUCUACUCCUGCAAAGCCAGCAACAAGGCAGGCAGCACCACAAAGGAUUUCAGGCUAAUAACUGCACCUGCAGUGCCCAUCUAUUUCACUGUUUCACCUGGACCCACAUCAGCCCACAUCACCCUGCACGCUCCCAUUAUAGAUGGAGGGUCUCCCAUCUCCAAGUUUGUCAUCCAGUGGAGAAAACAACCACAAGAUGAGUGGAGUCAGAUUGCCAUACCUUCUUCUGAAUCGCUGGUAGUCACAUCUCUGGCUCCAUACACUGAGUAUUCUGUGCGCUUUGCUGCCAAAAGCGAACACUUUAUUGGUGGCUUGUCUGCUGAGAAGAAGAUCCGCACCCAGGCCAGACGGGAGCCAGACAAGCCUGUACUGUCUUCUACUGACGGCAAGAUAGAGGGAAACUCCUACUCCAUCCCAAUCAAACAGCUGGACGAUGGAGGACAUCCCAUUCAGCAUUUCUUAGUGCGCUACAGGAUGAACAAGGAGGGUGAGAACUGGAUAGAAAAGCAAAUGCCUGCUAACUCCACUAAGAUUCAGCUACAGAAUCUUCAGUACAACUCAGACUACCAGAUGGAGGUCUCGGCAUUUAACAUUAAUGGCUCUUCUAUCCCAGCCAAACUCAAUUUCACCAUUCCACAGGUUGAGAAAGAGCCCAGCUUCACUAAAGGCGCUAUGGCUGGAAUUGUCAUAGUCAUCAUCCUGGUACUAUUGGUGGUGGUUUGCUGUUCCAGAGACAUCCGGGCCAGGUGUCUGAGCAUUUGUAGGAAGGGGUGAUCAACAAUGUUGCUGUGAAACCACCAGCCAAUGGUGACUCUGCUGAAGUAUAACUGCAAAGUCUUUCCUUCAUUGUAUUUCUGAAGAAACACAACUCAAACCAAAGAGAAAUAAUGGCUGAAGGAGCAUAGAUGCUGAAGUGUAGCUCAAGAAAGUAGGAUAUAUUUGUCUGUAUUAUAGCGUGUAAUCUUGAGACAGAGAUGGCUAUGUUGUUAACCACAGAUGUAUGUAAUGCCAAGUUCCGAAAUACACACAGUUGUUUCAGAUGAGUAAGGCUUUAUUAUGAAGGGAGCAAUAUCCUUUAUCUUUAAUGCAAAUUCAUAUGGCUACAUGCGUUUUGAAGAUUACAUUUAUUAGGUAUGCACGGCAGUAAACAAAGCUUGUCAGAGAUGCCUGGACGUAGUUACAACUUCUAAGCUGUGAUCGGGCAAUCUGUACUUAGGAGUGGGGUUUGAUGCUUUUUCAGAAUUUGUACUAGAAAGUUAAGGUAAUUAUUAUGGAAGCAUAUUAUUUCACAUACAUUUUUAGUCUUAAUUUUGUUUUAUAUACUGGAAUAUAUAUUUUCUAAAGAAAAAACAUUGUGGUCUGUGUGAAAUUUAUAUAUUUACAGUUAUGCUAUAAAUGUGGCAUUAAAACAGGGAUGUUUAAAAAGAGUUUCAUUAUGCUGCCCUGUCUGUCCUUAAA